GAAUGACCAUCUCCCUGGUUUUCAGACAGUUCUUAUCCAAAAAAGACUAUGCCCCACGCUCACCAUAGCCUUAAAAAAAAUGCUAUUUAAAGUAAUAUACAACAGCAGUUCAGACUGCAACAAAAAUCAAAGGAGCUAAUUUGUUUCCCUUUUAAGAGCGCAUCAAGCUCAUGGGUGGGGCUCACAAACGACCAGACUAGGGUUGUUGCCCUUUUAAGAUGACAGGUAUUACCUACGAACAGGUGUAUGGGAGAGAAUAAGGAAGUGGAGGGGAGAAUCGCUUUCCCAUAGAAAGGGCUAGAAAGAACCUUCUUCAGUAUACAGAAACGAACAAGUGGGGGGAAAAAAAAACUACUCAAAAACUCUACAAUGAGGAGAAAGAGGAAGUUGUCUGGCUUCCCUGAACAGAGGAAAUGAACCUGCUUCCUGUUGUUGCCGUGAUUGUGUCCGCUGUGCUGCCCCCCGUCGUCCGGUCCCAGGACCCGGUCCCGAUCCAGUUCCAGCCGGCCCCGGUGCUGGUGGCGUCCGGCGUGGAGGCGGUGAUGACCGUGGUGACGGUGUCGCAGGUGCUGUCCGUGACCUGGAUGUCCCCCGCAAGGGAGACGCUGGGCCUGUGGGUGCCUAGCGGCUCGGUGAUUAACCCGGUGGCUCAGUACCAGGGCAGGCUCACCAUCAGCGCCACCCAGCUGCGCAUCGCCGCCACCCAGCUGCGGGACACCGGGAACUACACCGUCACCGUCGACCCCAUGGCAACCACCGGGCUGGGCCCCAACACCCGCUCCGUGCAGCUCAGGGUGUUCGAUGCAGUGGUAGGUGUGCGUCUCCUCGUCCCCACCGUUGCCAUGGAGGGGGGUAACGUCACCCUGCAGUGCACCUGGACUCAGGGGACGGACACCGGGGUGAUUUGGGGAAAGGGGGGCGCGGCCCUCACCCCGGACUCCCGUGUGACGAUUUCGGGGGGGUUCCUGGUGAUAAACCCCGCCCGGAGGGGGGAUGCUGGGCAGUACUCCUGCACCGUCAGCAACCUCGUGAGCGCACAAACGGCCACCAACAGCCUCACCGUCUACUAUGGUCCGGACACCCCUGUUUUGGAUCGGGGGCUGCAGGCGGACUGCGUCGGUGGGGGACAAGCGCUGGUGGGCCAGACGGUGAGGCUCUCCUGCACGUCCGACUCCCUGCCCCCCGCCCUGUUCUCAUGGCAACAAAACGGCGUGCCGGUGGCGUCCGGCCAACCGGACAGCGGCGUGCUGAGCAUCCAGACCUUCUCCACCAAUCAGAGCGGCCGCUACGUCUGCACGGCCAGGAACGCCGUCACGGGGGGGACGUCUCAGCAGGGGACGGAUGUCGUCAUCGUCACCACGUGCCUCAGUGCCGGCGCUGUGGCGGGGAUCGUGAUUGGCUGCAUUCUGGCGCUCAUCUUAAUCAUCAUCGCCAUCUUCCUGCUGGUGCGCUGGCGGAAAGUUGAUCGGAGGCUCAGACAAGCUGCGGAAAAUCCUAAACCAGACGGGUACCCUCAGCGCCACGACCCUCCUCUCCAGCCAGCCCUGCCUCACCCUCGUAACGGUCGCCCCGGUGACCAGCGGCUACACAGUCUGGACACGCUCCACCGCGGCGACUACGCGCUCCCACCGGACGGCUAUCGCGGCGUCGACAUACGCCGGCAUCAUCACCAAGGCAACGGCAAUGUGCCUCAACUCGACGGCCAGUUGAACACCGGCGCCUUUCCGCCAAACGGCGUGGCGAACGGCGGUGCCUUUCCGCCAAACGGCGUGGCGUUCUGGCAAAAUGGAUGGCAGAACCCAAACGCGUUCCCGCAAAAUGGCCAACAGAACCCAAACGUUCUCAUACAGACAGGGCAGACGCACCCCAGCGGCUUGCCCCCCGCAGUCCACGUGAACCUGAACACGCUGCCCAACGCAGGUCAACAGCCCAACACUGUCCACGUGAAUCUAAAUACGUAUCCCAACGGAGGCCAACAGGACCCACACUCGCUACAACACAAUAACGAUACACAACCGCACGCCAGCCAGCACAAUAACCGCACACCGCAACACAAUAACCAGGACACUGAUCACACGCUACAACACAGUAACCAUCAAAACAUGGACAGCAUGGCUCAGAUCGUGCAUUCGGACAGGGCUCCUCUUGUACAAACCGGGGUGUCGCAUCCCACGGAUCGAUCUCGGAGAGCGUCCCAUAACCGCGCGAGCGACCGCGACGACGACGCGCUGGGCCACGGCGAUCUGGUUCAGACCGGAUACUCGCACCUGGUCAACCCCGCCCCUGCCAGCAGGAGGAACGCCGACACGCAGACCUACCAGCGGGACUCGAACCCGAGGCCCGGGCGAGACCGCGACCCUGCGGGGACCCGCGGCGUUUCGCGUGACUCGCGUGACCCCGCCCGCUCCCAAAUGCCCUGGGACCGCUUGCGAGGCACCCCGGCGUACCCCAACGACGGGUUCCGGGGGGAUUCGGACACCUCCACCGACGAAUACCAGCCCCGUGGGCGGGGCAAGACUGACCGCUCGGACCCCGGGAGGCCGCCGCCCGACUCCGCCCCCAACGACCGGAGCAGGCCCCCCGUGGAGACCCGGACCGCCGAGCGGAGCCCCAGGUCACGUGCCAAAACCGUGACCCUGAAGCCCGACCCCUCGACUCCGCCCCCUCCGUACAACCAGGCAGGCCCUCACGCCCCUGUCCUCCCCCAGAACCAAACCGCGCGCCCCACGCGCUUCGCCCCUCAGGGCGAGGACGUCCAGAGGACGCCGAUCGGCCAGCCGCUUCCCGCCGGUCACGGCCAGGCUGCUACCCACAAUGCACCGCAGCAGAGACCGCAAACGUUGCAGACCCCUGACGUGGCGGCGCGUGCCGGGACGUGGAAUUUAGACCCGCAGACAGGCCCACAACGCCAGGGAAACCAGCAGCAGGGGGCGCCGCUCGGACCCGGCGCCCAGGCACCUCCGGCGAGACAACUCGCCGCUCCCGCGCAGGUCCUCCAGGCUCCGCCCACCGCGGCACCGAACUCCAACUCCCUCACGCAGUCCGCCCUGCAGGCGCACACGGCUCAAACCCGCAACAACCCCUUCCGCAGCCGCAACCAGCAGACGGCCGCCGCCCUGCGGAACCCCGGGGGGGCUGCCCCGCCCCCUGCUCAGCCCCGCCCCCCGAACGCCGGCCCCGCCCCUCCGACCGCUCCGCAGGCGGCCGCCGUAGACCGCCGCCCCCCCACGCUCCCUCCCGUCAUGCCCCUGUCCCAGUUCCAAGCCCUGCCCAAAAAGCACCUCCCCGUGCCUGCCGCUCGACCCCAGCCUGUCCCCGUCCCCGCCGCUGCCCCACACAGGCACCCCGCCCAACCGAAUCGACAGAGGCACCCCCCGAACGCGCCCAGACACCCCGCCCAUGGGCACCCCCCCAACGGGCACCCCGCCCACGGGCACCCCCCCAACGGGCACCCCCCCCACGGGCACCCCAACGCACACAGACAGCAGGCCGCCGGGGGCAGAGCGAGACGCUGAAAGAGAAGAGAGGAUUGGACGGCGGCGCGCAGCAUCGACCCGUCUCCCGCAUCAAGACCGGCGGCUAACGCACGCACGCACGCACGCGUCACGGGAAUCGAAGUUUUCCCGGAGCCGCUGGGAAAUCGGAGACGAUGUGCGCCUGGAUCGCCGCUUUUCUUCCGUGGCGCGGCUUUAUUGUCGAGUGACAGUGAGACUAAAUGUCGGAAUACAACGGAAAGAAAGGCCAGGGUGUUUAAAAAAAAAAAAAAAAUUUAUAAAGGCGUCCCAGCUGUCAAGUCGCAAUUUGAAAGAAAUUCGUUUAGAACAAACGAGCGCGCGACGUGCGCUCCGUCUGGGUUCCGCGUAUUUCAACUUGCACCGCGGGGAUAAAGACAGCCCGGGACUGCCCGUUGUGUUUUCGCCGCGGAAAUAUUUGACUUCGACAAUAGACCCGCACAAAGGAGAGAUGGAAAUGUGAAACGCUUCCAGCUGAUUGAAUGGGCGUUCCCGCGGAGGAAUUGUUGAAAGAAUUGCACUGCCACGCGCUCAUUGUAGAUUUCUAUGGAAAUGGAGGAUAUUCCGAGGGAUUGUACAGCUUUGGGACUGGGUCUGUUCUUGGCACUUUCUCAACCAAAAGGGAGUUAAUUUAAUAUAAAUGAAAUAUAUGUAUUAGGUUUAUAUAUAUAUAUAUAUAUAUAUAUAUAUAUAUAUACAUA